CCCAUCCCAGCCCACCACUGUAAAAGGGCGGUCGUGACAGUAGGGUUUCCCGAUUCCCAUCCAGCGUACAGACUAGGCGACCCCCGCUUCCCGUCCCCUCUCUCCUCCACACGCCUCUCUCCCUCUCCCCUCGUCCGCCGCCGCCGCCGCCGCCACCAUGGGCAGGGGCAAGUUCAAGGGCAAGCCAACCGGCCGCCGCAACUUCUCCACCCCGGAGGAGAUCGCUUCUGGAACUUCUGGGCGUCCACGCUCGUUUAAGAAGAAUGUAGCUGAAGCAGAAGAGGAAGAGGAAGAAGUAGAAGAAUCUGAGGAGGAAGAAUCCGAAGACGACGGUGAAGAGAAGAAACAUAAAGGAACUGAAGGUGUUAUUCAAAUCGAAAAUCCAAACCUGGUGAAAGCAAAGAAUAUAAAAGCCAAAGAAGCUGAUCUUGGAAAGACAACUGAACUCUCGAGGCGUGAGAGAGAGGAGAUUGAGAAACAAAAAUCUCAUGAGCGCUAUAUGAAGCUUCAGGAGCAAGGGAAAACAGAACAGGCGAAGAAAGAUUUGGAACGUCUUGCUUUAAUAAGGCAGCAAAGAGCAGAUGCUGCAAAGAAACGCGAAGAGGAGAAAGCUGCUAAAGAACAGAGGAAGACCGAAGCGCGCAAAUAACUGCCAAGGUGGUGGAGGCAUGAGCUAAGCUGAGCUGUGUUGGCUGGAUAUUUAUUUCUAUGCAUUUUAGUAUAUUUAAACCCUGGUCUCUAUUCCAUCAUCUACAUUUCCAUAAAAACCGUGCAUUGACAAGUGUAAAGUAGUCCUGUCGGCGUGGCUUGCUGUAAACUUGAGCUUGGCAGGGUACACAUUUCGUGAGAUCAGCUUAUGUGAGAUUUGCUUUCACUCAAAAAUUGGUAUGGAAAAUAACUGUUGAAAUUUGAUGUGUU